GAAAGAAUGCAGCUGCUUUUACUUCACUGAUGUCUGUAAAUCUGUUUUAUUUUGAUCUUUCUUUACUUUUAAUUGAAGGAAAUGUUGAAAUGCGGCUGACAGGAGGCCCUCAUCUGUGCUCUGGGAGGCUGGAAUUUAAACAUGGAGACUCAUGGUACACAGUGUGUGACCCUGACUUUGACCUGCAGGAUGCAAAGGUCGUGUGUCGGCAGCUGGGCUGUGGGAUCCCUGUGGAGGAGCCCAGGUGGGCUGCAUUUGGGGAGGGGGGCGGGCAGGUGUGGUCAAAGAAGGUUAACUGCAAAGGGGAUGAAUCUUUUCUUGGUCUUUGUGAAAGAUCAUCCACAGAGGAACAGAACUGCACUCAUGAGACUGAUGUCGGGCUGAAGUGCUUCUGGUACACAGACUCCAGGCUGGUGGGCGGCCCUGACUCCUGCUCCGGGAGGGUGGAGCUGCAGUACCUCAGUGAGUGGGGGACAGUGUGUGAUGCAUCCUGGGAUAUGAGAGCAGCCAGUGUCCUCUGUCGGCAGCUGCAGUGUGGGGGCGCUGUGGCAGUGCUAGGACAGGCCUGGUUUGGAGAGGGGAGGGGCCGCAUCUGGGCUGAUGUGUUUGAGUGCCAGGGGAAUGAGACACACCUCUCCCAGUGUGCUGUGUCCUCAUGGAGUCGAGCUGCAUGCUCUCAUGGACGGGAUGCAGGAGUCAUCUGUGAGGGGUCUAAAUCUCUCUCAGCCCUCAAUGGGACAGUACGACUGUCUGGAGAGAGUGGCUGUGAGGGUCAGGUGGAGGUUUACUACCAGCUGACCUGGAGCAGAGUUCUCAUGGACUCCUGGAGCUUCAGGGAGGCCUCUGUGGUCUGCAGGCAGCUGGGCUGUGGCUCUGCAGUGAGGCUGUACAGUUCCUCCCUGUCUGGGACAGGGGACAGUGAUGUGUGUCUGACAGGGUAUCAGUGCUCUGGGAGUGAACCGCACCUGUUGAACUGCAGUGAUCAACAUAGACUGAACUGCAGCUCUGGUCCACAGGUGUCCAUAGAGUGUUCCAAGCACAGGUCCAUCAGGCUGGUGGGUGAUGCUGGGGCCUGUGCAGGGAGGCUGGAGGUGCUCCACCAGGGCUCCUGGGGGACAGUGUGUGGAGACUCCUGGGACCUGAAGGAUGCUGAGGUGGUCUGCAGACAGCUCCAGUGUGGGACGGCUCUCCGUGACCCAGUGCCCACCUUCUUUGGACCAGGAACUGGACCCAUCUGGCUGGAUGAGGUGGACUGUGAGGGGAAUGAGACGUCUCUGUGGGACUGUCCUUCAGCACCGAGGGAACAGAAUGACUGUCUCCAUAAAGAGGACGUAGGAGUUGUGUGUUCAGAUUUUAAAGAGAUCAGACUGGCUGAAGGCUGCUCUGGGCAGUUGGAGGUUUUCUAUAAUGGCAGCUGGGGAAAUGUGUGCUUCAAUCAAAUGGACACAAACACAGUCAGUCUGAUAUGUCAACAUCUGAACUGUGGAGAGAAUGGGACUGUUUCUUACUCAUGGUCUCGGCUGAAAGGAGCUCCGAACUGGCUUGAUAGUGUGGAAUGUCGCCCACAUGACUCCACACUGUUUCAUUGCCCGUCCUCUAACUGGGGAGACAAUAAUUGAUGUUCUGCAGCUUCCAAGGACAGACCAUGUUCACGU